CCCCGUUCCUCCCCAGGUGCCCCCCGCGCCGCUGAGCCAUGCGGCAUCGCCCGGCCCCCAGCUCGCCACAGCCAUGAGCGGCUGCCGCUCCAAUGGGGGGGUCCUGAGCGCCUCGACCCCCACCCUGCACCCGCUGGAGGGCGAGACCCAGCCCCUGCGGCCCCGCCGCCCCCCCGGCCUGGAGGUGGUGGUGGUCUCCCGGCCCGAGCAGCCCCCGGCCCCCGGUCACGAUGCGGCCGAGGCGCGGGGGCCGCGGCGCAACCAGAACAUCGGCUACAAGCUGGGCCACCGGCGCGCCCUCUUCGAGAAGCGCAAGAGGCUCAGCGACUACGCCCUCAUUUUCGGCAUGUUCGGCAUCGUCGUCAUGGUCACGGAGACGGAGCUGUCCUGGGGGGUCUACACCAAGGAGUCCUCGUACUCGUUUGCACUGAAAUGCCUUAUCAGCCUCUCCACCGUCAUCCUCCUGGGGCUCAUCGUCAUGUACCACGCCAGGGAGAUCCAGCUCUUCAUGGUGGACAACGGCGCCGACGACUGGCGCAUCGCCAUGACCUACGAGCGCAUCUUCUUCAUCGCCCUGGAGCUGAUCGUCUGCGCCAUCCACCCCAUCCCCGGGCAGUACCUGUUCACCUGGACGGCGCGGCUCGCCUUCACCUACGCCGCCUCGGUGGCCGACGCCGACGUGGACAUCAUCCUCUCCAUCCCCAUGUUCCUGCGGCUCUACCUGAUCGGGCGCGUCAUGCUGCUGCACAGCAAGCUCUUCACCGACGCCUCCUCCCGCAGCAUCGGCGCCCUCAACAAGAUCAACUUCAACACCCGCUUCGUCAUGAAGACCCUCAUGACCAUCUGCCCCGGCACCGUGCUGCUGGUCUUCAGCAUCUCCUCCUGGAUCAUCGCCGCCUGGACCGUCCGCGUCUGCGAGAGGGACAAACUGUACCACGACAAGCAGGAGGUGACCAGCAACUUCCUGGGGGCCAUGUGGCUGAUCUCCAUCACCUUCCUCUCCAUCGGCUACGGGGACAUGGUGCCGCACACCUACUGCGGGAAGGGCGUGUGUCUGCUCACUGGCAUCAUGGGUGCCGGCUGCACGGCUCUGGUCGUCGCCGUCGUUGCCAGAAAGCUAGAGCUCACCAAAGCGGAGAAACACGUGCACAAUUUCAUGAUGGAUACGCAGCUAACAAAGCGGGUGAAAAAUGCUGCUGCCAACGUACUCAGGGAAACGUGGCUCAUCUACAAACACACCAAGCUGGUGAAGAAGAUCGACCAUGCCAAAGUUCGGAAACACCAGCGUAAGUUCCUCCAAGCCAUCCAUCAAGCCCAGAAGUUGAGGAGCGUGAAGAUGGAGCAGCGCAAGCUGAACGACCAGGCGAACACCCUGGUGGACCUGGCGAAGACCCAGAACAUCAUGUACGACAUGGUGUCGGAGCUGCAGGAGCGCAACGAGGACCUGGAGAAGCGCAUCGGCGCCCUGGAGAGCAAGCUGGAGGCGCUGGGGCUGAGCCUGCUGGCGCUGCCGGGGCUCGUGAGCCAAGCCAUCGGGCAGCAGCAGCGCGAGCUGCUGGGGAGCUGGGCCCCCCGCCUCUGCUCCGCCACGGCCCCCUGC